CCUGAGUUAAUUUGAAGUAUAUUUUCUCAGUUUUAUCGAUCCGCAAGCACAUAGAAAACAUUUUUCAAUUGUGUUGAAGUACUUAUCAGACGUCUGGUAUUUUUCUCGUCUACAUCACAUAUAACCUCGGUCCUAGUUCAUCAAAAGAUGUCCGAAAUGAAAUGGAUUCAGUACUUCAGUUGGCUACUUCUUGCUUCAGCAGGAUUUCAAGCAGCUGUUUUAGGAUUUGAAACACCAGAGUUCUACUUUGAAAAAGAUUGUCACUCGUGUGAAAACGGGAAGUGUUUGUGUUGCGUCACUAUUAAUGAAGACAAGUAUAAUCUCCACCAGCAGAUUUGUGUGCAAGUUGCCUACUUGUCAGAAAGAGUGGGCAUGGAAGCCGGUUUCGAGGUCACCAACGUCCUCAAUGUGUCCAAAGAGGUGUCUUUGGCAAGUCCUCCUGCUGUGUGUCUGGGUCCCGUGAGGUUUCCAUUGAUCAAACUAAUUGAGAAGGCUGAAAUAGAAUUCUGCAUCAGUUUUGAUGAAUUGUACUUCUCGAAGGAGAUGGCAGAAGGAUGCGUGAAACUCGGACUAAAGUUCCUCAAAGUGUUCGACUACAACGUGAAAUUACUUUGUUUCGAAAUUUGGAGUGUGGAUGCUUCGCAGUAUUGCGAUAUGCCCCAUGAUAGGCCUGACUUGUGUCCUCUAAAUGAAGAACUUUCUUCCAAUGUCAGCAUCAUUCACACUUCAACCAAAGCUAAGGACCGUCAACGAAGAGGAACCGAAUUGAGAAGAGAAACAAAUGAAAUGAAAAGAGGCUAUGAAGAAUUUUGCUCCAGAAUGUGCAUCUUUAUGUCGGACCAUGAGCUGGUGGUGUUCCAAGAUAAGAAAUCGCGUGUAAAAGCGUUUGCGAUGACAGGCGCAGUAGUAUUGAUUAUUUUUAUAGUAUGUUUAGCUUGUUGUGUCUGUAUGUGUCGCGACCGCCCCUCCUAUAUUUGAUUAACUUUGAUCGGAUUUGCGCAACAUCAUUCGCCCUUCAUUUAAUUUUGACCUUCGAACCCUUCGAAAAUUAUGCUUCUUUGAUCUUCCAUGCAUACUCAUUUUGACAAGAAAGCUGCUUUACAAAUCAGUAACAAUUUUUUGGUCAAAAUCUUUCAAAAAAUGCCCUUAAUCUGAAUUAUGGUCUGCUUUUUUCAAAUAUAAGCAGAAUAGGUUCCUGAUACUGAUAUGACGUUGCUCCGAAAAUUAUUAUUUGUCAACAUCUAGAAAAUGUCAAAAAAUUACCGAUUUUUUUUUUCGAAAAAAAAGGCCCCCCACCCUUGGAGAAAACUAUAAAUUCGCGUAUUUUUGAACAUUUUUCUGGCAAAAUCGUUGAACACAAAUAACCGUCAAUUGGUUUUGAGCGAUAUCUAAAAUGUAUCCCAGCAAUUCUUGAUUCGACCUAUACGUGAAAGUUUCUAAAAAUUUUCUCAGUGUCGAGAAAAACCGGUUUGAAGAUUUUGC